AAUACAUGGGGCACAAGAUCCAUUGCAGCAACACCCUUUGCCAACUGCCUCUAAAAAUUACUUUCUUAUGCCUGUUUUUUUCUCAUAUUAUUGGAACUGGAGUUCUUUGAAAACUUUCAUUAGACAAGGUUAAUUCUGUGGCAGGGUUUUGGGGUUUAAAGAAAGAUUGUGAUAGUAAACAAGUAUUACAUUGCAAUCAAGUUGUUUGAGUUUGGUGUUAACAUUCCCUGGAGUUGAAUUCUUGAAAUGGGCUUAACCCGGAAUUCGAAUAUGAAAAGUGGUGAUUAUUUAGAAGGGAUGCUUAGUGAUUAUGUUGGUGGCAGGGCUAAGUUGAAGGGUAACAAGAGUCCUGCUUCAGCUAAGCUUGUUACUGCUCUUACUUGUCUGCAAUUUGCUUUUGCUGUUUAUGCAACUUUUUUAUUGUAUUACAUGAGCCCUGCAAUAGAUUUGAGAACAAAACCAGAUUUUGCAUGGGCUACAAGAAUUGCACAGCAGUGGAAACAGUUUAUAGUCCCACAACAUGUUCUUGGUAGAUAUCAAGAAGCUGCUUCUCUGGUUGGAGCAGAAAUUCAACCUAUCACUCCAUCAGAAGUUUGCGAGCAUGAAAAGAUUGAUUUCCAGCAAAAGAAGUCUAAUGAUGCUCAAAUGAUCAAGUUGAAAAGAGAGUUGUAUGAUGAGAUAUUGAGUUUCCAAAGUAAAUCUUUUGGUACAGAAACUCUUUCUGAGCUAAUGGCCACGAAAUCUAAGUGGGAUUUAAAGGGUCCAAACAAACCAAAGGUUACUGUAAUCUUAAAUCAUUUCAAGAGAAAGACACUCUGUGCACAGCUUGAUUCUUUGCUUCAACAGACACUUCCUUUCCAUCAUGUGUGGGUGCUAUCCUUUGGCAGCCCAAAUGAGCUCUCACUGAAAAGAAUUGUAGAUAGUUAUAAUGAUUCAAGAAUCAGCUUCAUUAGUUCGAGCUAUGAUUUCAAGUACUAUGGAAGGUUUCAAAUGGCUUUACAAACUGAGGCUGAUCUUGUUUACAUUGUUGAUGAUGAUAUGAUUCCUGGAAAGAAAAUGUUACAGAUUUUAUCGCACGUAGCAGGCACUGACAAGUAUCAGAAUUCAGUUUUGGGAAGCAUAGGAAGAAUCUUGCCUUUCAGGCAAAAGGACUUUACGUUCCCAAGUUAUCGAAAAUUUCGAUCAAAGGAGGCUGGUCUAUAUUUGCCUGAUCCUGCUUAUGAUAUAACAGUUGAUAAAAUUGUGCAGGUAGAUUUCCUGUCCAGUUCAUGGUUUCUUUCUGCAGAACUUGUCAAGACACUUUUCAUUGAGGCACCCAUGACUUUCAUGACUGGAGAAGAUCUGCAUCUUAGCUACCAGCUUCAGAAAUACAGAAACGCAGGAUCCUUUGUUCUUCCAGUUGACCCCAACGACAAGGAAACAUGGGGUGACAGUGAACAUAGGCUUGCUUAUGUUUCUGAAACCACAGUAAUUUUCAAAGACACAGUUCAAGUCAGAGAUGAUCAAUGGUGGAGAGCCUUUUCUACUGGUUAUAUCACUCAAUGGGCUGCAAUGUACCCUCAAAAGAUAGAUGCUCUUUUUUAUGCUCAUUCUGUUGAUGAAGUUAAAGCAAUUGCACCACUUCUUGAGAAAUUCAGGUCUACUGUUGGCAAAAAGGCCUAUAUUGCUGUACCUGGAGGCAAUUUUUGCCCUUGUGAAGAUGCUGCAACUGCUCUAAACUGGCCUAAAUUGGUGUGCAAAGAAAGAAGAUUUAAGAUUUUCGAUUUGGGUGUUGGAGCAUUGUCAGGAAUAUCGAAUUCUGAAGUGCCAGUAGUGCAGGCAGUGUACUCCAGCUUGAAAGGACUGAUCAAAAUUCACAAUCCUUCCGUGGUAAUUACAGUGGCUGACAUUGAUCCUAAUGUAAAAAAAGCUGUAAAAAUGGCGACAGAGACUAGUACUAAUGGUACAACAAUGAUUCUCCUGCCAAGGCCUUCUAUACCCAAGGUUCUUUGGAUGGCUGACCUGAGAUCAACUGCUUUGCCAAAUUGGAAUAAAAUGCGAAUUUCUGUCAACAUAAUCACCCAAAACCGCGCUCAAUCCUUAACAAGGCUGCUCAAUUCUCUCAGCAAUGCAUUUUACCUUAGUGAUGAGAUCCCUAUCAGUUUUAAUAUGGACAGUAAAGUGGAUGAAGCAACUAUAAGACUUGUAAGUACAUUUAAUUGGACACAUGGUCCUAAGACUUUAAGGAGAAGAAUCAUCCAAGGAGGUUUAAUUAGAGCUGUAAGUGAAAGUUGGUAUCCUGCAUCUGAUGAUGAUUUCGGGUUACUGCUCGAAGAUGAUAUUGAAGUCUCUCCAUAUUACUAUUUGUGGAUCAAAUAUGCUCUUUUAGCCUAUCAUUAUGAUCCUCAAAUCUCAUUUCCUGAGCUAUCUUCUAUCUCCUUGUACACACCAAAAUUAGUUGAGGUUGUCAAAGAAAGGCCUAAAUGGAAUCCAACUGAGUUCUUCAAAAGAAUCCACCCCAACACACCUUAUCUCCAUCAACUGCCCUGCAGUUGGGGAGCAGUGUUCUUCCCCAAACUAUGGAGAGAGUUCUAUGUUUACAUGAACAUGAGAUUCACUGAAGACGCCAAGGCGAACCCAGUUCAGAUUCCGAAAUCAAGAACAAAUGGAUGGCAAGCUUCAUGGAAAAAGUUCCUGAUUGACAUGAUGUAUCUUAGAGGCUAUGUUAGUCUCUAUCCAAACUUUCCAAGCCAGGCAAGUUUCUCAACUAAUCAUAUGGAACCAGGUGCUCACAUUAGUGCAAAAGACAAUGUUGUUAGGCAUGACAAAUCAGAUUUUGAAGUCCCAUUGCUGAAGGAAGAUUUCAGAGCAUUUCUGCCUAAUAGUAAGUUGCCUCCAGCAUCAAAAUUGCCAUCGCUGAACCUCUUUAAUCAACCUGUUUCACUUAGAGGUCUUAAAGCAGCUGGAGCUAAGUUGGGUCAAGAUGUACUAAGAUGUGACAAUGCUACAGAAAUUGUGACUGUUGAUCAUCAAACAGGUCUGCCAUUCCGCUGCGCGAAAUUCUGAUAAGUUAUUGGAAUUGAUCAUUCUUUCUUUCAUUCAAAAGAUAUUGUUUUCUUGUAAUGUUAUUCUUAUCUUUAUUUUGUUAAUACAUGAUUACUGGAGAGAUCAAGUAGAGGGAGGAAACAGUGGAUGGUAUAAAGGUGGAGUACUGUUUCUUUCUUACUGAAUUUCUUGGGGGGAAAGAAGAUGGGAUUGUGUCAUUUGUAUGAAGCCAAAAGUGGCUUUUCUUAAAUUUUCUCCAGAACAAGAAAAGAAACAACUUAAUUUCUGUGAA